AUAAUUGAACRAGAUGAAUCACUAACUCAAAAAGUUUCCGGUCGCCACGAUGUCGAAUAAGUCUUUGAGGGAUGUUAUUCACCCCUCUAUGAACGAAGCCCUGAAAAAUAAUGCUCAUAAUUUGACUAAAUUGAUAAAGACUGCUGGUGAAUUUGUUCACAAUAUUUCUUCCGUCAAGAAACAGUAUGCCAAUGGCCUUAUAUCUGCAGUAGAAACGUUCAGAAAGAAAAGCGCAGAAUUGAAGAAAGAUAGGAGUGGUCAAAGUAGCUCAAUGAGUACAUGGGAGACUUUUCUAGGAGAAUAUGAAAGAGAAGCACAAGACAUACUCAAAUCAUGUCAGGAUCUCAAUCAAAAUGUCAGUAAGCCAUUAGCAGAUGAAGCAGCCAAAAGAAAAGCUUUGUGCAAAAAGGUGUUCGCCUUUCGCGAAGCUGGGGAGAACAGAAUUGAAAAAGCAGAAGAAGCAUGUCAAAAAAACUAUAAAGACUACUGCGAUUCUUGUUCAAAACUCAACAAAACACAAAAUACWGAGCAGGCCAAGGAAGGCAAGCAGGAACACUACACAACACUGAGCCACAAUGCACAUAACUCUUAUGUCCUCCAACUAGCUGCACUGAAUAGCAUGCAAGAUAUCUUUUAUUCGAACUCUUUGCCUCAACUUUUAGAUGAUUUGCAGUCAGUUUUAGAGGAAGCAACGAUAUCAAUGGCAAUAACUUUCAAAGACUGUACAAGGAUUGAGAGGGAAAAACACGAAGACUCAGUKAAACGCCUGUCAAACAUAGAAAAGCUGUUUGAAAUGGUGGAUAGUUCUACAGAUACUAUCAAUUUUGUGCAGAACUUAAACAACCCAGGGCCAUACAUGCCACAGAAGAAGGAAUUCCAGAAACCAGAUGACGGCCAUGUUGUGUCUGUUCCAGAUAACAAGCUGUCUUUAAACCAAACCACAGAGGAUGUCUUGAGAAGAAAAUAUAUUGCUUUAGAAAAAAAGUCUAAACAUUUAUCUGGUACGGUAGAAAAAGAAAGAGGUACUUUAAGAUCAGUGAGAGGAUUAAGAGACAGCUACAUGCAGAACCCAUCRUAUGGCAAAGCAGAGGAUGUYGAUUCCAAUAUCAUAAUUCAGAUGAAUGAAGUUCGGGUCAAAGAGAUGCAUAAAGGAGUUACUGAUGCACAGAUCAAUCUCUUCACUCCUGACAUYAAGCUAAACCUACACAUCUCUGAGAGCGAUCUGCGGGAUGAUGAAUAUGAYGAUGAUGARAGCYUACUGGACAUAUAUGACAACAGAAAGAGUGUUAUCUCCAACGUCAUGGCCAAACCAAAAACCAUGCGAGCUGCUAAGCACGACUUUGUCGAACACACGUUCAAAAAGCCUGUGUUUUGUCACUAUUGUAAUAAACUCUUAAAAGGUUUUUUGAAGCAGGGUGUGAAGUGUAAAACAUGCAGAAUGUGUGUACAUGCGAAAUGUCAGGAGAAUGUGCCGAACUGCUCAGGUUCACCCUUGACAGGGAAGCGAAAGACUGGUACUGUCAAAUCAACAGCAAGCUACGAUAUGGAUGACGACUUUGAUGACUUUGACGAUGCAACAUACAGUGACGUCGAUGAAGCCCCAACCCCUCCCAUGCAAAGAAAACCUUUGCCACCCAAACCUAGUGAUCCUGGGAUCGUCAAUGAUUUUUAUGAUACAGCCGAAGAGUGCUUAGCAGGGGACUCCUAUGCUGUUGCUUUAUACGAUUAUGCUGGAGAAAACGUAGGAGAUCUAAAAUUAAGUGCAGGCAACAGAAUUACUCUAACAAACACGUCAGAUCACAACUGGUGGGAAGGCAAGUGUAAUGGAAAAUCGGGAUUCUUCCCAGCAUCCUAUGUCCAGACAAUACAAAAAGGUGAUGUUAUUCUACGAUGUUUAUUUGACUUUAAUGCCCAAGAAAAAGAUGAACUUUCUGUUGCAGAAAACCAGAUUGUCGUCCAGGUCGCUGAUGAAGGCGAUGGUUGGGUCAUAGGACGAGCGGGCAAUGUCGARGGAGCCAUACCGUCUACGUACGUAGAAAAGAUAUAGAAUAAUGGACCAUAUCAUGUGACUCRUACCCAGUACCACAGCGAUACCGAAUUUCAAUUGAGUGGAGAAAUCACAGCCUGGAACUAGUAUCCAAAGGGUUUAAUUGGAUCAUAAGAGGAACCAUAUCGUCAUUAGACGUAAAGAGAAUUCAAAAUAAUGGGCCAUGUCACCUGACUUGUACCCAGUGCUAAAACUACGCCAUUUCAAAUAGAGUUGAAAGUGCGUURAUUUACAAAUAUUACGUUAACCUUGAUAUUUUUGGAGGUUUUUCUAUUGUUAAACCUCUAAUACAUUUACCAUUUAGAAUCUACGAUGAGAACAGUUUUAAAAUUCUCAGUUUUUUCUAAUCAUAAUGUUAUAGAUUUUUAUGGAUAUUAUUAUUUUUUAUCUGUAAUAAAGCAAUUUGUUC